UCCAUCUUCGCGCUCAGUCAUAUCGCUGGACACCAUGUCCUUUAAUCGGAAAUAUGCCGGUCUUCCUGACCUGGACCUCGCUCCCGAUAUCUACGAAACCCCCGAUUUGACUGAUGGAGCUUCGACCAUACCGACUACCACUCUUCGCACCGCAUCCAACGCAGAUGAUGAUGCCGGUUCCAAUUCCGAUAUCGACCGCCAGGGUAUCAAUGCCGACGAGGCGCGCGCCCACUUUCUCGGUACGGCCGUCGACGCCCGCGAUGUCAACUUCUCCGACAGCAUAGCCGCAAAACGAAAAGCAUACAGAAGCAAAAGCCGUCGACGGCGGAGACAUGAGCCUGGAGCCGAGGAUGUCGACGACUUCAGCGAUAGCGAGGACGAAAGUUGGGAGCGGAAGCUGGCCCGUCUGCGCCGCGAAGUCGAGGAGUUGAAAGACCAGCUGGCAACCCAGCAAUCCAACGCCGAGUCUGCGGAGCCACCCGUCGUAAAUGAGUCUGGCUCGGCUGGAACAGAUGGGGUGUUGGAAUUAAGUCGCGCAUUGGACAACCUCUACUCAUCCUCGCGCAGUGGCCCAUCCGGCUCUCACUCGGCCGCAGCCGUCUUGUCUCAGAAACUCGCCUCCACAUCCACCCCAGAUUCCCCAGUCAGCAACUCGGCCCAGCUGGACGACCGAAAGCCCGCCAACAAUCGGCCCCAAACGCCUCCUUCCCCAUCCGCAGCAGGUGGUGGGGUUCUCGCCCAUGCGGCCUCGUUUGAUGGGCGACUAGCCCUCAUUGAAGCCGCAAUGGGAGUCUCCAGCUCCUCGAACCCCUUUGUCAAUGACGGUAUCUCCGAACCCGCCCUCCAACCUGUUCUCCCUGCUCUCGACCACCUCACUACUCGUCUCACCACCUUGAUGAACCUCCUUGUCGGCCCGAACCCCGUCUCCGCCUUUCCAACCAUGGGCACGGCCCCUCCAGCAACCACUGUCACCACUCCUCAUCUUGAGUCCCUAUCCACCCGCGUGCGCAAACUCACUGCCGACACGGAAGCCCUAGCAAAAGCCCGCAAGCGCGCUGUGGAUGCCGCGAAAGCUGCGCAGAACGCGCGUAUCUCCUCCACGGCUCUCGAGCCUUCUGAUAUGUCCGUAUCCUCCUCGUCCGCCACGGAAGUCGACCCUGCCGCCACGCAGCGCGACGAGCAGGCCACCAAGAUCCAGGCCCUCUACGCUACUCUUCCCACCAUUCAAUCCCUUCAUCCAAUCCUCCCGAGCGUCCUCGAACGACUCCGCUCUCUGCGCGCCAUCCACGCGGGGGCCGCCCAUGCCUCGGAGUCAUUAGAUGUUAUGGAGAAGCGACAAGCUGACAUGGCUCGGGAAAUUGAGCAAUGGCGCGAGGGACUGCGGGUAGUAGAGGAGAAGAUGAAGCAGGGUGAGGCGGCGCUGAAGAACAAUAUCGAGACGGUAGAGCCAUGGGUCAGGGAUCUGGAAAGUCGACUUGACAGGUUAGGUGUUAGUGGGGUGUAAAUACUGCACUCCAUUUAAUGCAGUACAUAGUGUAGGAUACGGAUGAACAUGAGUUGGAGAAGCAGGCACCCGGCAAGUGCAGGUCAUGGGUUGUCGGAC